GCUCUGGCCGAAAUCGCGGUGAAAUUGCGACGUCAUCUUCCCCAUCUCUCGUCCCGCUUCGCUUUGCUCCCCACCUGUCCGUCUCCGGCCACCGUCCAUUGACCAGCAAACCCUAUCCGUGCCCUACCGACCGACCAGGUACCUACUAUUACCCGGCUCACUAUCAGUACUGAUAGCGUCGAUUGAUGCCGACAACGGGGGUACCAUGGCCGACUCGAACGAUGCGCAAUCCCCCACCGCCAUCAAUGACACUUCCCUCCCCCAGUCCACCUCGACACUGGACAGUUCUUUGAGCAACACUACCCCAGCGAACAUCGACACCACUAGGAGAACCCACUCGCGUACGGUCUCAUCUGGUUCAGCAUCUUAUUCUGGGCACGGGUCGUUCCUUGGCCGCAGAAAUACGUCUUUCGGCAACGGAAAGAGUCGCUAUGCUGAGCCGAGUACAACAGACGUCCACGUCGAAUCUUCAGCUUGCUCGGCGCCGUCCCAAUCUCCACACAUCCCGUUAAGAAGUCCGGGUUCGUCUCUAUCGCAAGGUCGUUGCUAUUCCGGGACGUCAAACUCCAUUCUUAGUGAGGAUUUACUCUUAGGCGACGCUGCUAUUGGCGACAGCGCCGAAGACACCCCUCGAAUACGCCCCACCAUCAGUAGUAAACAAUCGUCCUCUGCAACGAUAAAGGAGCCAGCCACGGCAGUGGAAUCUACAUCUUUGACAGACGCACAAAACAGACGCUCCUCCAACAGUUCUCUGUUUUCCUUGUCCGCUGCCCGCAGUGCGACACAAACUGCGCCUACAUCGGAACCGAGCCGAGGUGGUCGUACACGAUCUACAUCAUACCUGAUGUCGAACAACAAAGGUUCCAACACUACGCCCUCGGAGGCUGGCAUGUCCAAUGUUACCGUCACAACCUCGAGCAUACAGGGUGGCCAGCCUGCCUCUGGGUCUCACGCCCUGACACCUCGUGACCCGCACUCGCAGCCUCUCGACCUCAUGAGGCGCAACCAACGGAGCGAUGCCACAACCAAUUUCCCGGCCCCAGCAGCGAGUGGCUCGAGAGGCCAGCCAGAUCGUUCACGGAGUAGAGUGAAGAGGCGAUUUAGCGGCAGCACCGCGAACAGCAGCCACAGCCCCGGCAGUGAGCGAGGCUCUUCGCAUCGUGAGAAGGAAGAGGGCAAGGCUGCGUCCAAGCCCGCUCCUUGGGGCGUCAUUGGUAUCUGUGCGCUGGAUGUGAAAGCCCGAAGCAAACCCAGUCGGAACAUUCUCAACCGGGUCAUUGCGAACCGAGAUUUCGAUGUCGUCGUGUUUGGGGACAAGGUGAUUCUCGACGAAGAGGUGGAAAAUUGGCCCAUUUGCGAUUAUUUGAUCUCCUUUUACUCGGACGGAUUUCCGUUAGAGAAGGCCAUCGCCUAUGUCAAGACACGGAAACCAUUCUGCGUCAAUGACGUGCCGCUACAGAAGCUACUGUGGGAUCGGCGUUUAUGCCUGCAAGUCCUCGACGAGAUCAAUGUCCGAACCCCCAGCCGAGUCGAAGUGAACCGAGAUGGCGGACCAGGUUUCCUGACCCCUGACAUGGUGAAAUACAUCAAGGAAGUCUCAGGGGUUGAUCUCGCCGUUCCUGAUGAAAACAAAUACAAUCCACCGCGAAAGGUCGAGCUGCUUGACGACGGCGAUGUCAUCAGCGUUGACGGUGCACUUUUGAAGAAACCGUUUGUGGAGAAGCCCACGAGCGGUGAAGACCACAACAUUAUCAUCUAUUUUCCCAAGUCAGCGGGAGGCGGCGCACGGAAGCUAUUCAGAAAGAUUGGCAACAAAAGCUCCGAAUACAUCCCUGAGCUCAACGUGCCUCGGGCCAUCACUGAGCCGGAGAGUAGCUACGUGUACGAAAGCUUCAUGCAGGUCGACAAUGCGGAGGACAUCAAGGCCUACACUGUUGGCCCGAACUACUGCCAUGCGGAGACACGCAAAUCGCCGGUAGUGGACGGUGUGGUCAGGCGAAACCAGCACGGAAAGGAGCUUCGGUACGUGACCGCGCUGAGUGCGGAGGAGCGAGAGACUGCCAGCAAAAUUGCGACUGCGUUCGGCCAACGAGUCUGCGGAUUUGACCUCCUCAGAGCAUCUGGGAAGAGCUAUGUGAUUGACGUCAAUGGCUGGAGUUUUGUCAAAGACAACAAUGACUACUACGACCAAUGCGCCAAUAUCUUGAAGGACUUGUUCGUCAAGGAGAGACUUCGAAGAGGUGGAAUGUCAUCGCCGGCGCCCUCGCCAUCGAUCUCGGAAACCGACCCAAUGUCCAAGCAGCAGACUUCUCUUCGGGAGCGCGACCACUCCUCUGCUUCGCUACAUCCUCCGAACGCAAAGAGCAUUCCUGCUGCCCCGGCCACUGCUUCGGACACAUCCCAAGCCGGAGAUGCAUCAGUAGCGCCCAGCGACGCGGCUUCCCCACGUGUUGAGGACUUGCUGUCUUCCACAGCAUCCAGUGCCGCCCCGAUGCAUUCGCUGCCACCACCUGCGGACUUUCUGCAGGGGAAUUCUCCUUCGGCACCAGCAUCUGUGAAGACUGUGGCGACAUCACAAGGUAUUGGUGGCAGUGAAGAGUCUCACCGCGAGGCUGAGCAGCCGCCUCCCCCUAAGCACUCGUGGAAGUUGAAAGGAGUGGUGUCGGUCAUUCGCCAUGCUGACCGAACGCCCAAGCAAAAGUUCAAAUUCACGUUCCACACUGCACCUUUCAUUGCGCUGCUGAAAGGUCAUCAGGAAGAGGUAUUGCUGAUUGGCGAGGCUGCACUGGCGAGUGUGAUUUCCGCUGUCGACUCGGCGUUCCUCGAAGGGGUUGAGGACCCUGGCAAACUCAAAGCCCUUCGCAACGUUUUGGUCAAGAAAGGCAGUUGGGCGGGAACAAAGAUCCAAAUCAAACCCAUGUUCCGCAAGAAGAAGACGGAGAGCGCUGUGGAUGAGAUGCCUGAUUUGAAAGAGAACGUUCAGACGCCCCCGCUUGACACGGAGAACAGCCCUGGUCACAAGGACGGUGACGCAGCGUCACCGAGAGAACCCGUUAAGCGUCACGAUUCCCUGUCUGGCGUCACGAUGUCCAAGUUCACGGCAGCUGAGGAGCGACUUGUGCUUGACAAGCUCCAGCUCAUUGUCAAAUGGGGCGGCGAGCCAACGCACGCUGCUCGUUACCAAGCCCAGGAGCUGGGCGACAACAUGAGGAAUGAUUUCAUGCUCCUGAACAGAGACGUGCUCGAUGAAGUCCACGUGUUCAGCAGCUCGGAAAGACGAGUGACGACAAGCGCACAGAUCUGGGCCGCGUCGUUCCUCGGCAAAAACGACAUACCCGAUGACUUCAUCACCAUUCGAAAGGACCUCCUGGACGACUCCAACGCCGCCAAGGAUGAGACAGACAAGGUCAAGAAGAAGCUCAAGGGCCUGCUGCGCGAGGGCAAUGAGCGACCUGCGCAGUUUGCCUGGCCCGAGAAAAUGCCUGAGCCGUCCGAGGUGCAGAAGCGCGUUGUCCAGCUGAUGAACUUCCAUCGUCGUGUCAUGCAUCACAACUACUCCAAGAUAUUCAGCGGCGCAGCCACGUCUCUGAACAGCAUUUCUAACCCGGCCACAGAGAGAGAAAAGAUAUCUGGCGAAGGCUCGACCUCGUCGCUUGCUUCAUCUCUGUCGCAGGCGAAUACCGUCAACAGCAUCCAGGCGCGAUGGUGCUCCGGCGAGGAUGCUGAGCUCUUCAGGGAACGCUGGGAGAAGCUGUUUGCAGAAUUCUGUGAUGGCGAGAAGGUGGACCCUAGCAAGAUCUCCGAGCUCUACGACACGAUGAAGUUUGACUCACUCCACAACCGGCAAUUCCUCGAAUGGGUGUUCACCCCUCCGGAUCACAUGCUUGAGGAGUACGAAGGCAAGGAAAGCAGGCCGAAGGAGACGGAAGAGCCCAAGGCGCCCGUCGAGCCGAAGCAAGAGAAGUCCAACAGUAUCGCCGGCCAGACCCCCCAGGAAGGCACCGAUCCUGUCCAACGAUCGGGCACAGUGAAGAAGCUGUUUAGACGCCGGUCUUUUCUCAAUGGCCUUCGUCAUCUGGGCGAGGAGCCUCCACCAGAGCAGUACUUCAAACUGUACAAGGGCACUGAGACGAGCGCAACGAAAACGGAACAGAAGCACGAGCCUCUGCAGGAACUGUACAAGCUUGCCAAGGUGCUUUUUGAUUUCAUCUGCCCGCAGGAGUACGGCAUCUCUGAUAGCGAGAAGCUCGAAAUUGGUCUCCUGACAUCGCUCCCGCUGCUGAAGGAGAUUGUCCAGGAUCUGGAAGAGAUGCAGGCUUCCCACGAGGCUAAGUCCUUCUUCUACUUCACCAAAGAGUCGCACAUCUACACCCUGCUGAAUUGCAUCAUCGAGGGAGGUAUCGAGACCAAGAUCACAAGGGCUACGAUCCCCGAGCUCGACUACCUUUCCCAGAUCAGCUUUGAGCUGUACGAGUCAGAGAUCAAGCAACCUCAGGACAGCCCUGAAGACGAACCCAAAUAUGCUUACAGCAUUCGCAUCACCAUCAGCCCGGGCUGCCAUGUCCAUGAUCCUCUUCAUGUCCAACUGGACAGCCGCCACUCGAUUGGCUGCGCGCCUAGGCGCAGUUUGACAAACCACAGCGACUGGCUCCAAGUGAUCAAGACGUUGCGAGCCAAGUUCAACCAGGUCAAACUGCCCAAGACGUUCCUUGCCGUGAAUCUCUCCGAGGCUUUCACCUUUGAAGAGCUAGAGCGACAGGCGAGUGAUUCCGAGGCUCUCGAGAUGAAGGCAACGCCGUCCAAGGAUCUGCUUCUGUCGCCUCCGGCCCAAGGGCAGAGCGGUAAAGGGGACGGUCAUUCUGCGAAUGCGGCCGAAGGAGGCAAGAUUGUGAAUCCCGAGUGGUGAUCACCAAGACUCGCACUAUGGAUUCGCCAGAAACAGCAACCUCCCUGGCCUAGAUACAAUCCUGAGUCCACCGAGGUUGUAAGGCCCAUUCCAUGACAUUAUCCUUCAUGGGGAGCGUCUAUGCCAUCCGGCGUUACUUUUCUAUACUGAGCUCUCCCUAGCAGUCCGAACGGAGGAGGGGGAUUUUUCACCAGCGACUUGUAUGCCGACUUUGAGGAAAGCAGCGAACUUUGCUUAAAAGCGUCUCCGUACACGAACUCCAAAGGCUAAAUUAGAAAUUACAUUAUGGGCAACCAUAGCAUAGAAAACGAGGACAUGCGGAAUCAAGUACAUAAUAUCGAAUCGAGUCAUCCGUGUUCACUACCCGUCUCCAGUCACUCACCAUGAAUCGACCUGAGAUUCGUACGGUUCGUCCACUUUUACGCGGCCAUGAAUGUCUGUUCAGGUUAGGCAACCCGGGCC